CUGUGAGUUAUGACAGCUGAGUACGGGAGCGGAAGUGGGUGCGGGGUACGGGGACAGUACGGAGCUGCAGAGGUGUGGCGUUUCCCCGCGGUUCACGGAAUAAAAGACUGGUAUACUCAUGGAGGCGACCGCAGACUCUGAUCCUGCGUGAACACCUUGGAAGUCUGCGCUACAAGUCCUGCUUCCCCCUGACUCCUGUCCAUAGACUACAGAGACCUCCAUAACGCCCAAGUAUCAUGUAGAUUCCGACGGUUCUGGUAUUUGAUCUUCUUCCAAUCUUCGGUCCCGCUAUAAUGUAAGGAAACCAAGCCAAGGAUCCUGGAGUUGGUGAAUAAUGUAGAAGAUUUUAAAAAGCGUGGCAAGAAUACAUCCAUGGAAAAUGACUGAGGUUGAAGUAUUUGAAAGCAUGUCGUGUGAGACGGAGACUCACACAAACCAUGACAAGGAGGAAGAUAUGGAUACGUUAGAUACCCAGUGGGGGUGGUUCUACCUGGCAGAGUGCGGCAAGUGGCAUAUGUUUGAGACAACUCCAUCAGCAACCUGUUCGAUCAGCAGCCAGGACAUCGAACUGAGCUUCAAAAUGAACCCGAAGGGAACGGUUCCAUUCACAACUAACAAGUUUAACUACAUACUCGAUUUUAACGAGAUGAACCAAACCAACUUAUUCACAGGGAAAAAACGACCAAUAAAAAGAGCUCCCUUUUCUAUCACUGCUUUCAGUUAUAUCUGUAGUAACGGCUCAAUUCCACUUCCCUCCCACUGGGAGCACGUGAACAACGCAGAGCCUUACCAGCUCAUUCCUCUGGUCACGUUCUCCAAUGAAUACAAGGAUGUUGCUGAUCUGGUCGGAAAGUCGAUGGAUAGGGACCGCAUUUAUAACAUUCAAAGAAUACAAAAUAUAGACUUGUGGGAAUUUUACUGCAGGAAAAAAGCACAGCUGAAAAAAAAGAAAGGGGUGUCCAGUAUUAAGGAGGAAAUGCUGUUUCACGGCACUGGUAGCGAGUUUGUUGAUGCCAUAUGCAUUCACAACUUUGACUGGAGAGUGAAUGGGAUGCACGGUACCGUGCAUGGCAAAGGGACAUAUUUUGCCCAGCAAGCGUUAUAUGCGAGUCAGUACUCCCGAAAUAGUUCCAAACAUGGAAGCACGUUACAAGCGCACGGAAUUAACCUUCAACAGGUUUCAUCUUGGGCAAAGAAGUCUAUGUUUCUCGCAAGGGUACUUGUUGGAGAAUAUGCCCUUGGGGACCCUAAAUAUAUUCGACCUCCUUCCAAAGAUGGUAGCCUGAUCAACCUUUACGACAGCUGCGUGGACAACAUAUUCAAUCCUCUUAUUUAUGUGAUUUUCGACAGUAACCAAAUCUACCCAGAAUAUUUAAUUCAGUUUACUUGAAGUGCACUCAAAUAUUCUGGCAGUAAAUACAGGAUCGGCGAAGUCAACCUUCUUCUGGUUCUUACCACACCCCUAUUUUUGGGGUUAUUCCUCGAAUGGGAAAUCCUUUUUCUUUCUUUCUUUCUUUCUUUCUUUUUCUGUGGAAGUUCAUGUUUUCAAUGAAGCCAUUAAACCUAAGGCAACUUUGAGUUUGUGGUUCCACAACGUGACAAUUCUACUGAAACGUUUUCAUAUGUUAGCACUUACUUUAAAAAAAAUGUUCCUGAACGUUUUGAUUGAGUGUGUGUUUUUUUUUUUUGUUGUUUUAUCAAUGAUUUCAGUGAGUUUAACAGACUUUACAGAUAUAGCCAGACAUUCUUUCUCUGUUCUUUGGGUCUGAUACAAAUGUCAU